CUUGCCGAUCAAACUCAAGCUACCGGGGAGCAGCCGGUGGAGGAGGCUGAGCCACCUGCUGAAGGAGCGCAGGAGGUUAAGGAGGAAACGAAAGAGGCUACCGCAGCAGAAGCACCGGCAGAAGGCACUGCUGCAGCACCUGUUUCAUCUGGAGACGCGCCGAAAGAAGCGGAGGCAGGUGUUGUUCCCGAUUCUGAAGCACCAAAACCUGUCGACGCCGAAGAUCCUGCAACUGCUGCAGAGCCAAAGCCUGAUGAAGCUGCUGCUGUAGCGUCUGCGUCACCUGAGGCUGUUGAGCCUUCGCCAGGCCCUGUUGUUACGGAGUCACCGGAGGAGAAGAAGGAACAAGAGCCAGCUGUUGAGAAGCCCGCGGCGACAAAACGCUCAUUCUGGUCGAAAACGAAGGGGACACUCAGAAUGGGCAUGUUCUUUGGGAAGAAAAAAGAAGCGCCUGCUUCUGGAGUUGCUGCACCGGCGGAAGAGCCAAAAGCGGUAGAUGGAGACGCGACCACUGCAGAGAAAACCGACGAAGCCGAAGUCGCGGGAGAGGCAGUUGUCCCUUCUGAUGCGGCUGUCCCAGUUGCACCCGUGGGAAACCAGGGUGCAGAGAAUACUGCAGCAGCAGAGAAAAGUGCUGAUGUUGUCGAAGACGUCGGCGCGGCCACGAAGCCUGCUGAACCAGAAGAGAAGCCGACCGAUGAACUAGAUCCCACCGCAAGCGCAACUCCCGGGGUACAAGAGGACGGGGAAACUCAAAAAGAUGAUGCCGCCACAGUUACGGCUACUGAAAAAGCGAAUGAACCAGCAGACGCGCAUCAGCCCCCAGCAGACGUGGGUGCUGCAGCAGCAGCUGCGUCCGCUCCCGUUGACGGAGAAGCAGAGACUGCACCACCUCCGAAGAAGAACAGACCCGGCCCUUCCCGAGGAUGGGUCGCAAUCAGGAGAGGUUUCCACGCCCAUCUCGCUGCGAAAAUCGCUCUGGAAGCGUUUACUCCGAAGAAAAAGGAGCCGGUCGAGGAGGGCGGAACAGAAGUGGCGGCGGCGGGAGCUCCUGAUGACACUUCGAAGCCGGCUGAACAAGAAGAAGUUGCGAAGGCAGAAGUUAAAGCUCCACAGACUGAUGAAGCUGUGGAAAUAAAGCCCGGCGCCGUGGCUGUCCAAACGGAUGACGUGGCGCUACCGGCUCCUGCUGUGCGGGAUUUGUCAACCGAAGAAGCGAAGCCUGCAGAAGCAGAGGAGCCAACCCCUUCCCCUGCUGCGGAGCCGCCUGCUGCGGAAGAAUCAGCUGCAACAGCCAAGCCUGCCCCUGGAUCGUCUCCUGCCUUCAGAGGUUGGUCUCGUUUAAGAGGCGGAUUCGUAGCAAGGGCGGCUUUCGGCUCUUUUGGAAAACGGAAGACGAUUACUGAGGAAACUGUGGCGGAAGCGGAUACCGUGGCUGAUACGACACCUUCGCCUGUUGAAGCCGAGACUGCGGAAGCAGUGGUGGUGGACCAAGCAGCACCCGUAAGAACUACUACGACCGAGGAAGUAAAGCUUGAAGUAGAAGAGGUUCCUGCUUCGAAGCCGGCAGAAGAGGAGGAGCCUGUAAGUAAACCAGCAGAGACUACCGAAGCCCCAGCUGCAACCGGAAAAUCACGUUGGGGCCGGCUGCGAACUCUCACUGCCGCAACGAGCAUGAUGAAGAAACCACUUUUGUCAACAACAUCAUCUGGCGAAGCUGCUGCACAAAAAGAGGACAAAGAAGUCCAAGCCCCGGAAACCAAACCCGAAUACGCAGACAGAGAAAUUCAAGCCCCUGAAAUCCAACCGCAAUAUCAAGAAAAAGAAGCCCAAGCACCGGACGAAGAAUUCAAAACAGAGACGUACAAAUUCUCCCUGGAAGACGAUUUCGCGAUUUUACUCAAGCACCUGGGUUCCGAAACCGACGAAAACGGGCAGAUUAUCUGCAAAUCAUUGUGGAAAACCCAUUCACUGACCGAGGAGCAGAUCUCUUUCUUGAAGAACCAAAACGAGGAAUUGAGUAGUAAAUGCGAUAAAUUGGAGAAAAAAGUUGCGAAAAUGACGUGGACGUAUGUGCCUGAUCAUGUUGCAUCGAAGAGACAGAAGCUGGAAUCGUUCGAGAAACUGACAGAAGAGUACAAGAUGAGCCGAAAACUAAUCCUCGCCGGUUUGAAGCAGUUGAAAGAAGAUAUCGCCGCGACAGAGAAGGACGAAACGUUACAAAUCGCGAACGUCCGACCGAUAGAAGUUUUGGACAAGGAAUUUCGAACGGCGUUUGAUUUGGUUUGCAAUCUAGAUACAGCCGCGAAGGGGUUGGGGCUGGAGAAAAGGAAGGAAGUGAAGAAGAUGACGUUGGAAUUGAAGCCUUUAUCUGUAUCAAAUGUAAAAAUGUCUGGGUCUGGAAAAUUGUGCUGCUAAAAAUGAAUGAUAGACGCACUGCAGUACGCAGCUAUGCAUGACAAAUUUUUUGGCUGCCAUGUCUUACGUAUUCCGCAUGGCAAACUGCGUUUUUGCAUGACAAGUAAGAGGGCUUUUUCGUGCCUAUGCAACACAGAUUCUCGAAUCAUGCCAGACAUGCAUGACAAACUCGCAUUCUUCCAGACCCAGACACUUUUACAGUUGAUAAUCUGGGUUGUUCGACAAGGAGUUGGAUUGGCUGAACCGGAAACAGUAUCCUGUGCAAAAGUAUCGUACUCGUAGUAAUUGCAAACAUGCAUUACAAAUUUCUUUCUCAAGUCAAAUCCGCAUUGCAAAUUUGGUUUUUCAUGCUGAGGAAAUUUGUCAUGCGAUUUAUACUAGUACGAUGUUUUUGCAUUUCAUAAACAGUUGUUGGGAGAUGCGGUGAACCAGCGGGGGAUACAGAGGAGAUUGACGAAUUUGUUGACGGGCGAUUUUUCAAGUAACGACGGGAUCAAAAAGGAAUUUGAGGCGGAGUACGAGAUUCCUGUGAUAGUACUGGAGCCCGAAGAGGGUGAGAAGGGAGGUGCGCCAAAAGUAGACUCAGUGUUGCAACCUGAGCCGGAUCCGGAAGCGGCGCCAGAUAAAGAAGAAGGCGGGUUCUUUUCAAUGUUUUUUUGA